AUGGAAACUAAGGUCUCUGAAGCUAGAGCUAAAGUGUUAAUGCAAUCCUACUGUUAUCCUAAUUUAUUUUUUGUAAGCUCCAUAGGACUAUCUGGUGGAUUAGUGUUGAUGUGGAAAGAUGGCUUUCCCUGUGAUUUAGUAAGUAGUAAUAAUAACAUGAUUCAUCUUUUAGUCACUUCAGAUGCAUCUAAGCAAGAAUGGCUUCUUUCAUGUGUUUAUGGAUCAUCUCAUUAUGUGAUGAAACAACAUCAGUGGGAGUUUAUUAGAGAGUUGGGUGAUAAUGUUUAUCAGCCAUGGGUGAUUAUAGGAGAUUUGAACAUUCAUCUGAAUAAGCAACAUGCUUCAACUAGUACUAAUUCCUUGGAUAAUUGGGUGUGUAAUGUUGUAGACAGUGUGGGACUAAUGGACAUGGGCUAUGUGGGUACAAAAUAUACUUGGUCUAACAAAACUAAUGGAAAAGGAUACAAAAGAGCAAGGAUAGAUUAUGCUCUACACAACUCAAGUUGGGUCAGAGAUUAUCCUAACUCAAAAGUUUUGCAUCUUCCAUUUUUAGGGUCUGACCAUUGUCCUUUAUUAUUAAUAACUGAUAGUUUUGUGCCAAGACAAAGUAAAGGUUGGAAGUUUUUUAGAUGUUGGUUACAAGAUUCCACAUGUGUUGAUUUAAUCUUAAACACAUGGACUUCUACACCAAUAAACAUGGAACUCAAUGCUAAGUUAGGAACAAUGAGAAAGCAAUUAUCAAAAUGGAAUAAACAUCAUUUUGGUAGUGUUCAUUCUAAUGUUCAGCACUUACUUGCUUCUCUUUCUCAGCUACAAGCAAAACCGUUUAGUGAUACUAUUUCGGAAGAAAUAAGUGAUACUAUUCGAGAACUUGAGUACUGGAAAAAGAUUGAAGCAGAUUUUUGGAAUCAAAAAUCAAGAGAUCAUUGGGUCCAAGAUAUGGAUAAUAACGCGUUAUUUUCAUACUAG